GAGGCAAACAUCUAAACAUCAUCUACCUUCAUUCAGUUUUUUUACUCUCUGCAUACUUUGUGUAAAACACACUGCACUCUUUAGUUGUUGUUGUUUUUUAUCCAAAGCGCGCCUGAACGCACUAGUGCGUGUGUGUAUGUGUGUGUGUGUGUGUGUGACUUUUUUCUGAGACUGUUAUUUACUUCAGUGUUUCUGGAAUCUAUUUUUUCGUGCAUGGCUUUUUAAAACACUGGAUCUGCUGUAGUUGUAGUUUCCUCUGACUAAAGCGAGACUGGACUUAUCUCUUUUAACAUCACUAGGGACUAUUAAAUAUUUUUAGAGUAGCUGUAAUGGCUACUUUACCAGGAACGGUUCCUCGAAUGGUUCGGCCAGCACCGGGCCAGAACUACCCCCGCACUGGAUUUCCCCUUGAAGUGUCCACCCCGCUGGGCCAGGGUCGAGUGAACCAGCUCGGCGGCGUGUUCAUCAACGGGAGGCCUUUACCGAACCACAUCCGACACAAGAUCGUGGAGAUGGCGCACCACGGCAUCCGGCCCUGCGUCAUCUCCCGACAGCUGCGCGUUUCCCACGGCUGCGUCUCCAAAAUCCUGUGCCGCUACCAGGAGACGGGUUCGAUCCGGCCCGGAGCCAUAGGGGGGAGUAAACCCAGGCAGGUGGCAACGCCCGACGUGGAGAAAAGGAUUGAGGAAUACAAGCGUGAAAACCCGGGCAUGUUCAGCUGGGAGAUCCGCGACAAACUGUUGAAGGACGGAGUGUGUGACAGAAGCACGGUUCCUUCAGGUGAGGCCUCAUCUGUGAGCUCCAUUAGCCGGGUUUUGAGAGCACGUUUUGGAAAGAAAGAUGAUGAUGAUGAUUGCGAUAAGAAGGAGGAAGAUGGAGAGAAGAAAACGAAGCACAGCAUCGAUGGCAUUUUGGGAGACAGAGGUCACCGCACAGACGAGGGUUCGGAUGUGGAGUCGGAGCCCGACCUGCCUCUGAAGAGGAAACAGAGACGCAGUCGCACCACGUUCACUGCCGAGCAGCUGGAAGAGCUAGAGAAGGCCUUCGAGAGGACACACUACCCCGACAUCUACACCCGAGAGGAGCUGGCUCAGAGGACCAAACUCACUGAGGCUCGUGUACAGGUGUGGUUUAGUAACCGACGAGCCAGAUGGCGCAAACAAGCAGGAGCCAAUCAGCUGGCAGCGUUUAACCACCUGUUACCUGGAGGGUUUCCUCCAACUGGAAUGCCAACACUGCCAACCUAUCAACUUCCAGAGACCACCUACCCUAGCACCACCCUCUCCCAGGAUGGAAGUAGCACAUUGCAUCGACCUCAGCCUCUCCCACCCUCGUCCAUGCACCAGGGCGGGCUCUCAGCCGACAGUAGCUCCGCCUAUGGCCUCUCGUCCAAUCGCCACACCUUCUCCAGCUACUCGGACACCUUCAUGGCCCCGUCGGCUUCGAGCAACCACAUGAACCCGGUCAGCAACGGGCUCUCCCCACAGGUGAUGAGCAUCCUGAGCAACCCCAACGCCGUGCCCACUCAGCCACAGCACGACUUCCCCAUCUCACCGCUCCACAGCAGCCUGGACGCCUCCGGCUCCAUCUCGGCCAGCUGCAGCCAGCGCUCGGAUCCCAUCAAGAGCGUGGAGAGCCUGGCCUCGUCCCAAUCCUACUGCCCUCCUACUUACAGCGCCACCAGCUACAGCGUGGACCCCGUUACGGCCGGCUACCAGUACAGCCAGUACGGCCAGAGUGCAGUCGACUACCUGGCUAAAAAUGUCAGUCUGUCCACCCAGAGGAGGAUGAAGCUGGGAGAUCACUCUGCAGUACUCGGCCUGCUGCAGGUGGAGACGGGACAGGCCUACUGAUCAUCUCAUCACUCACACACACACACACACACACACACACACAAACACCCUCACACACACACACCAGUGGAUCUGCUUAUUAAGUGAUCUGCUUGUAAUUCUCUAACACUUGUGUGUGUGAGAGACUUCCAGCCUGAUGUCCCUGGUGUUUAAGCGAGAACUCGUCUGAUAAAGAGGACAGGCUUUUAUUUCUGACCGUGUCUCUUCCUGUACUGUAUAUACUCAUCUAUGAAGUCAGACGUCAUUAAAAAUUGUUCAUUUUUUUUAUUAGUACUCUCCUGAUAAUGAUAUUUCUCCUCUUCCUUGUUGUUGUAAUUAUGAUUAACACCUUUGUUUUUGCUCUGAAACACAACACCGACCGGAUCUCAUGCAAAAGUCCGUCGAAUAAUUUUAUGAUUUCAACAAACAUCAUCAUCGUCAUCA